AUGGACUACUCUCAAGAAGUUUCGCAUUCCACUCUACUCGUCGUGCGCGCGGACCAGCCAUACAACGCUGAACCCACCGCCGCCGCCUUGGUCGAGUUCCCUAUCACGCCCGAGGAUCUCAUCUACUGUCGCAACCACGGGCCUGUGCUCGAGUACGACGACGCAACCUUUGAAAUUCGGGUGGAAAACCCUCAGGGGUCACGCACCUUCACCGCCAAGCAGCUACGCGAAAUGUUUCCUCGCGCGGAAGUAGUUGCCGCUUUACAGUGUGCAGGUAACCGACGGAAAGAGAUGGACCAAGUCAAGAAGGUGCAUGGCGUUCUCUGGGACGACGGCGUCAUAUGCAACGCGCGAUGGGCGGGCGUCCGACUUCGCGACGUGCUGCAGGAUGUCGGCGUAGACGUCCAAGCUCUGAACGGCUGGCACGUCUGCUUCACGUCGCACGUCACCCCCUGUCAAGACGACAAAGACUACGGGGCGUCCAUCCCGCUCACGAAAGCGAUGGAAGAGGACGUGCUCCUUGCGUACGAUAUGAACAACCAACCGCUCUCGCCAGACCACGGUUGGCCCUUGCGCGUCAUCGUCCCCGGGUAUCUCGGGGCUCGAUGGGUGAAAUGGGUGGACACGAUCUCCCUCUCGCCAGACGAGUCACCCAACUUCUACCAGCAGCGCGAUUACAAAGUCCUGCCUGCUGAGGUCGAUACCAAGGAGAAAGCUGCGCCCGUGUGGUCGAAGUUUUCCUCAUUGACCACGCUCCCGCUCAACUCCGUCGUCGGGUCAGUGACACGCAAAGGUCCCGACGCGAUCCUGGUAAAGGGCUAUGCAAUCUGCCGCGGCGAUGUCCAAGUUGCGAAGGUCGAAGUGACCAUCGACGACGGCAAGACCUGGCACGAAGCCCGCAUCACCUACCAGGAGGGCAGGUGGAGCUGGACGCUCUGGGAGGCCCUCCUCGAGCACGUCCCCGAGUCGGGCGUCGUGUACAGUCGGGCCUCCGACGAGCACGGGGACGUGCAAGCGCGGGAAGGACAGUGGAACAUGCGUGGGGUUGCGUACAACCCGUGGGGCAUGGGCAAGUGGUGAAUUCCGAAUUGCUGCUGCGGGGCUUACGUCUGGCUCCCUCCUACAUCCGAUAUGUCUUCCUGCUUUCCCUUGCUGAGCUCUUUUCAAUUCGGAAUAGAAUAUCUU